CUUUGCCCUUGUCCGCAAAACUAGGACGCACAGAGAGGCUGCACAGGUUAAUCUGUACGCGUCCGCGCCUACGAAAAAAACCCGGGCCUCGAUCUUGCAAUUACAAUUGGGCUGUGUACGACGUCCACCGUCCCUCCCUGUGCAAGUCUACCUUCGCCAGCACUUCAUCUGACCAUACAGCAGUCGCACGCAAAAUUCUAACGGAAGAGAUUGCGUUCCGGCGCCGCACAAGGCGAGAGUCUGCAGCAGCUGGCCGGAGCGCCGCGCGGCCGUGCCGCGCGGGCCUCCGAGCGCGCGCCUGGAGCGAGCCAUGUGGACGUGAGCUCAGCAGCCCAGCUGCUAGGCAGCGACGCGUGGGCUCGGCUCCACGCGCGGACGCGCUCUGCCGACUCGGACGGGCGGCGCUCUGCUCUCGGCUAGCGCUGCACGCUGGCUGUUUCGCGACGAGAGGACUACGAGACGAGACGGGACGCUAAUAGCACCGCGCAAACGCACCUCCCGCGCAGGUUGUAAGAUGGUGCGCAGAUUAGCUCUGCUCGCCGUCGGCGCCUCGGCGCUCGUCGCGCCCGUCGCGCCGGGCGCGCGGCGGACGGCGCUGAAGGCGGCCGACGCGCAGCUCGACGGCAUGAUCGGCACGUCGAUCGAGUGCGGCGACCAGGUCUGGGACCCGCUCGAGCUCUCGCAGUGGCGCGACGCCGGCGAGAUGCGCGCCUGCGAGCUCGCGAACGGCCGCGCGGCCAUGCUCGGCUGGGUGGGGUGGCUCUGGCCCCAGGUCUUCGGCCUCUGGAAGGGCGGCCCGGUGACGACGACGGACCCCAUCGACGCCAUCAUGCAGGUGCCGACGGUCGCGUGGGCGCAGUUCAUCGUCUUCUGCGGCGCGAUCGAGGCGAACAAAUACAACUGGGCCAAGGGCGAGGGCCCGAUGACGGACCCGUCCAAGCCCUUCUUCGACCCCCUCGGCCUCUACCCCACGGACGCGGCGGGCCAGGAGAAGAUGCAGCUCCGCGAGCUGAAGAACGCGCGCGUCGCGAUGAUCGGCUUCGCGGGCCUCUUCGUCAACCACUUCAUGCCCGGCGCCGUGCCGGGCCUCGGCGGCUUCCACUGAGGAGCGUGUUUAGUCUAGGCGCGUAAGGGCGGGUGCGCAGUA